AUGGGGGAUGUCCAACCCCCUUCCAACGGCUCUGAGUAUCCUGUCGUAGAUUCUCAUCAAGGCUUGAACACUGUAGGUGUCUCAACGCUUUGCUUUGACGAGAAAUCGAGAAUGGAGGCUCAAAGUAUCUCCCAUGCACAGCACCAGCAAUAUGGUCCCCAACAGCAUGCCUUCUCUUCCCAACUCGACAUGGCACAACAGCCCGCAUCCGGUCGCCCCAACGCCUUUAACAUGAACGGUAUGGCGAACGCGCUGCCGCAGGCCAGUAUGAGGCAGAAUCUCUAUGCGUCCGGAAGUCAACAGCAGCACCAUCAGCAGCGGUUCAGCCCCGCAACGUCCUCGCCGUCAAUGAUGCCACAGAUGCCACAGAUGGCUCCUCAGUAUCCCGGCCAAGCCGCGAUGCCCAUGGGAACCCCGCACUACUAUAUGUCACAGCAUCCGCAGAUGCAGCAUUAUUACGCAAACCAGCUCUCCCCAGCCCAACAGCACGCUCGGCCGAACAUAGGAUACUACCCGAACCAAAUGGUUAUGAGCCACCCGCAGAACAGCCAUAUUCCUCAAGGAUACUACUAUCCUUCGGCAGGUCACUAUGCCCAGAACCAAGGUCUCCAGAACCCAAUGGUCUCCGCGCAAUACAUGGGAGGAAAUCCGACGCAUAGUGACCCGAGAGUCGUUCCACAGAUCCCAAACGGGGUUGAUCACAACGGCGCACCCGUUUCUUCGACCCACAAGCCCAGCGACGUGGGUGAAGGCCGGUCCGGUAUUGUUCGAGGUCCGCCGCGGAAGCCGCGUCAAAGUGGUGAGCAUCGAUCGUGCAGCUCUUCCCGGCACGGGUUGCUGACAGACCUAGGUCAUGCGAUUUGGAUCGGAAAUCUCCCACCUCAGACGGACCUGAUGAAUCUGGUUCACCACGUGUGCAAGGAAGCGAACGGUCUCGAAUCCCUCUUCUUGAUUUCGAAAAGCAAUUGCGCAUUCGCCAACUUCAAGGACGAACAGACCUGCAUAACGGCUCAGCAGAAACUGCACGAUUCCAAAUUCCAAUCUGUCCGUCUGGUCAGUCGCCUGCGUAAGAGCACCGUCGAAGGUACAGCUGGUGUUACGGCACCCACUGGCCCAGCAGCAUCAUCUGGAGCGCAAACCCCCCACGAUACCACGACUCAACCGGCCGCUACGGAGAAAGUGACGGAAGUUGCAGCGACGGAAACAAGCGAAAUCAAGCCAGUCACCGCUGCCGCCGAGCCGAUACUCCAGAAAGACAAAUUCUUCAUCUUGAAGAGUUUGACUGUGGAGGAUUUGGAACUCAGUGCCAAGACGGGUAUCUGGGCAACCCAAUCUCACAACGAAGAAACGCUUAAUGCCGCGUUUAACGCCGUCGAUAACGUGUAUCUUGUCUUUUCUGCGAACAAAUCAGGCGAAUACUUCGGAUACGCGAGAAUGACGUCUCAAAUCAACGAUGACCCAGCGGCCGCGAUCGAAUUUGCCCCCAAGGCACAGUCCGCUAGCGAUGUCGAUUUGCCCAAGGCGAUCCCAACCGAACCGACUGAGUUUGCGCCCAAAGGCAGGAUCAUCGACGAUUCGGCCAGAGGGACCAUAUUCUGGGAAGCAGAGCGCGAAGACGGAGAAAGUGGAGAAGAGGAUGAGGAACAGGAGCUGGACCAGAGUGAUGCGAGCAGCAGAAAGAGCGGGAAUUUGGAAGCCGAUGGCACCGCGAAAGCUUGGGGAAAGCCAUUCAAACUCGAAUGGCUGUCGACCGCACGCCUGCCGUUCUAUCGAACCAGAGGGUUGCGCAACCCUUGGAACUCGAACCGAGAAGUCAAGAUUGCGAGAGACGGUACAGAGCUCGAGCCAUCGGUUGGGAGGAGGUUGAUAGGACUCUUUAACAGGGUACAAAGUCCUGGACUCGGAGCUGCGCCGGCUGCUAUGCGACCUGGGAUGGCCAUGAUUGCAGGGUAUCCGCCCAUGAGGCCACAUUACCAGCAAUAA